UUGCUUUUAUUUCUGAUAUCGAAGCAGGACACUUUACGAAUCAAGAAAUGACUCAUCUGAAGACAGCCUGCGUCGUUCUCCUGGUGGGUCUGGCGGCAGUUUGCGCCUACCCGUAUCCAGGUUACGAGGAGGGGGUCAUAGAAGGUCACGGACUGUCAUUGGAAGGCCAUGGACUGGCGCUGGAAGGGGCAGGUGGCCUUGAAGGUCACGCAGUUGUCGACUACAGCGGACACGGAGGCGAAACGGAACAUGACGUCGAAUAUUACGAUCACCCGAAGUAUAGUUUCAAGUACUCUGUUAACGACUACCACACUGGGGACAUCAAAAGUCAACAAGAGGAGCGCGACGGAGACGUCGUCAAGGGACAGUACAGUCUCGUCGAACCAGAUGGCUCUGUCCGCACAGUGGACUACACCGCAGAUAAACACAAUGGCUUCAACGCUGUGGUCACGAAGUCUGGCCACAGCGUACAUACUGGCGGACACGGAUACGGACAUUUCUAAAGCAAAGUAAUGAAAUAUUUGGACUGGUGGCACAGGUGACGGUCAGGGAUCACUCAGGAGAAGAUGCACCGUUUCGUUGAUUCAGUUCCGGGUUUGGCAAACAAAUGAGUUAGCGACAUCCUAAAGUACGAGAUGACGUAACAACAACUGAAUUUAGUUGAAUAUUUGACACUCUGUAAAAAUUUUCUCUGGUGAAGUAGCGACAACCGUGAAGAUACAUAAAUUAAACAUCUUUCUAAGGGUACGAGGCUGGUAAUAACCGUAACAUGGAUUUAUGUAAAUUUGACAUCUUGUAAGUAUAAACGUGUAGCAAUGGCUUGUUUCAUACUGGCCUUAAUUUUGAGUACCGUCCACAAUUUUCGUAACUUUUAAACCCAAAGUAUCGCUACCGAUUCCGUGAGCGAGCUGUGUCACUAACAAACAAACAAACAACUAGCCCUUCUAAUAUUCGUAUUAUUUAUUUCAGAAUUUGAUGUGUAAAUGUCUCAAGAUACCCAACUUACAAACACCAAACUCUUCUAAUAUUAACGCUUUUGGAACUUGAUUGUCCCAAUUAUAUAACCACUUUAGCCAUUUUAUAUACAUUCAAGGAAGAUUUCAAACUUAUCGAAAAUAAAUAAAAGCAAAAGUAUUCUUUAAUUUCGCAAGAAAAUAAUUAAGAUGGCUGAAAUGUACUAAUGAAUUUAUGACUUUAGUUCAUAAUUGUUAUUUGUAAUGUUUUAUAUUUCGCAUUUCUCUAGUCUUAAAUAAAUCAAAUGUAUUUAAUAACGUUAAUAAAUAAUGUUUAUCAAC